AUGCCACCACAGCCCGCUGCACCACACGCUGUCAGCACCGUCUGCGUCCGACGUCACCACACGCCGCUGGACUCUACGCUGUCAGCACGCCCGGGUCUGACUUCACCACAGUCCGCUGCACUCCACACAGUGAGCACCGCCCGCGUCCGACGUCACCACAGCCCGCUGGACUCCACGCUGUCAGCACCGUCCGUGUCCGACGUCACCGCAGCUUGCUGGACUCCACCCUGUCAGCAACGUCGGUGUCCGACGUCACCACAGCCCGCCGCACUCCACGCUGUGAGCACCGUCCGCGUCCGACGUCUUCACAGACCACAGGACUCCACACUGUCAGCACCGUCCGCGUCCGACGUCACCACAGCCAGCUGCACUCCAUGCUGCCAUCACCGUCCGCGUCCGACAUCACCACAGCCCGCUGCAUUCCACGCUGUGAGCACCGUCGGUGACAGACGUCACCUCAGCGCGCUGCUCUCCACGCUGUGUGCACCGUCCACGUCCGACGUCACCACAGCCCGCUGGACUCCACUCUGUCAGCUCCGUCCGUGUCCGACGUCACCGCAGCUUGCUAGACUCCACCCUCUCAGUGCCGCCUGUGUCCGACGUCACCACAGCCUGCUGCACUCCACGGUGGCAGCGUCGUCCGUGUCCGUCGUCACCACAGCCCGUUGGACUCCACGCUGUCUGCACCGUCCGCGUCCGGCGUCACCACAGAACGCUGCACUCCACGCUGUGAGCACCGUCCGCGUCCGACGUCACCACUGCCCGCUGGACUCCACGCUGUCAGCACCGUCCGUGUCCGACGUCACCGCAGCUUGCUGGACUCCACCCAGUCAGUGCCGCCUGUGUCCGACGUCACCACAGCCCGCUGCACUCCACGCUGUCAGCACCGACCGUGUCCGACGUCUCCAGAGCUUUCUGUACUCCACCCUGUCAGUGCCGUCUGCGUCCGACGUUACCACAGACCGCUGCAUUCCACGCUGUCAGCACCGUCCGCGUCCGACGUCACCACAGCCCACCGGACUCCACACUGUCAGCACCAUCCGCGUCCGACGUCAGCACAUGCCGCUGCACUCAACUCUUCAGCACUUUCCGGGUCUGACAUCACCACAGCCCGCUGGACUCCACGCUGUCAGCACCGUCCGCGUCCGACGUCACGACAGCCUGCUGGACUCGACACUGUCAGCACCGUUCGUUUCCGACGUCACCACAGCCCACUGGACUUUAUACUGUCAGCACUGUCCGCGUCCACCGUCACCAAAGCCCACUGCACUCCACGCUGUCAGCGCCGUCCGUGUCCGACGUCACCACAGCCCGCUGCUCUUUACGCUGUGUGCACCGUCCGCGUCCGACGUCACCACAGCCCGCUUCACUCCACGCUGUCAGCACCGUCCAUGUCCGAAGUCACCACAGCCUGCUGGACUCCACGCUGUCAGCAGCGUCCGUGUCCGACGUCACCACAGCCCGCUGCACUCCACGCUGUCAGCGCCGUCCGUAUCCGACGUCACCACAGCCCGCUGCUCUUUACGCUGUGUGCACCGUCCGCGUCCGACGUCACCACAGCCCGCUGGACUCCAAUCUGUCACCAACGUCCGCAUCCGACGUCAACACAGCCCACUGGACUCCACGCUGUCAGCACCGUCCACGUCCGACGUCACCACAGACCGCUGCACUCCACGCUGUCAGCGCCGUCCGUAUCCGACGUCACCACAGCCCGCUGGACUCCACGCUGUCAGCACCGUCCGUGUCCGACGUCACCACAGCCCACUGGACUCCACCCCGUCAGCACCGUCGGCGUCCGACGUCACCACAGCUCGCUGGACACCACGCUGUCAGCACCGUCGGCGUCCGAUGUCUUCACAGCCCACAGGACUCCACACUGUCAGCACCGUCCGCGUCCGACGUCACCACAGCCAGCUGCACUCCAUGCUGCCAUCACCGUCCGCGUCCAACUUCACCACAGCACGCUGCACUCCACGCUGUGAGCAUCGCCCGCGUCCGACGUCACCACAGCCCGCCGCACUACACGCUGUCAGCACCGUCCGUGUCCGACGCCACCACAGCACGGUGCACUCCACGCUGUCAGCACCAUCCGUGUCCGACGUCACCACAGCCUGCUACGCUCCACGCUGUCAGUGCCGGCUGUGUCCGGCGUCAUCCCCGCCCGCUGCAAUCCUCGCUGUGAGCACCGUCCGCGUCUGA